GUUGUGCUUGGCUGCUGAGGAGAUUGUGAGUUGAGGACUCAGGCUUUAGAGUUCUAUAUUGUCAUAAAAGUUCGCAAAAACUGUGUACCUGUAUUCACAAAUUGUGUGCUAAAAGCGGUGUUUAUUAUCAUUUAUUGUGUACAAUACAAACACUGAAUGGAGAAUCAUUGAUUAGAGUGUAAAACAAGAUUCUACAAGACAGAUAAGAUAUGACAGCACGUUCGUGACACCCAGCUAUCUCAACAAAAUGGCGCGCACUUUUGUCACAGUGUGUCUUUUCUGCUUACUCUGUGCUGCGCAUACAUGCGCCUCACACGUUGACCUACAGAAAGACUUACAUACCUACCAACCGAACGCACAAACGCAGCACGCCACCUUUGAUCUGGAGAAGAGAAGAAUAGAGACAAGAUUAAAAACUCCGCCCAGACAGAAAAGAGAUGUGGGCAAUGUCAAUCCAAGCUUCUAUGCGGAGCAGAUAUUCAGGCUAUACGGUGACGCUGGUACUAUGACCAUGAACUUGACUGGGUUCAAGCAAAUGCUUCAUAUUCUAGACCUGGAUACGUUGUUGGAUGGUGGUGUGCAGAGGAUAGAGAAGAAGGAAUAUAUCCAUGGCGCUAAGGAUGACGAAGUUAAUUGUUUAAGCAGCGCUGAACUUAUCAAAACUGUAAAUACUAGGCUAAGACCACAGAGUCAUGAUCACGGAGCCCACAGCCUCGCCGAUCAUGAAUCCGAGAAUCUCAUAACUGAAGACACCCUACAGGCAAUUUGCCCUAUUCUAUUAUAUCAGAAAGUAGCCAAUACGUCAAUGGAAAGGUUCGGGUGUGUCAAAGAAACUGACAUGAUGAGGAUAAAUCAAAAUAUAGAUGGUAUUAAACAUUCUGAACGAGAGAACGCGUAUUCGAAAAAUAUGUUCUCUGUAUGGCUUUAUUCUAGCUUAAGUAUAACGGCUAUAAGUGCCUGUGGCCUACUUGGCGUUGCUGUGAUACCAAUUAUGCAUAAGACGUAUUAUAAUCAUUUGCUGCAGUUUCUCGUUGCGCUUGCUGUUGGGACUCUUUGUGGUGAUGCCUUGUUGCAUCUGAUGCCUCAUGCCAUGAGCCCCAUGGAACACGCUCAUGGCGAAAACGCGUUAGAAGUUAGAGUAUCCCAUGAUGAUGGUAUGUGGAAAGGACUUGCAGCGAUGCUUGGCGUGGUCUUCUUUUACUUUACAGAAAAAGGGCUGACUGUUGUUGUGGAAUGGCGCAAGCGUCGCCAAAAGCUGGAAGAAGAUAAACUCCCUUCAAGAGUAAGAGUUUUGAAGGAUGAAACUGUUGGUUGCUCCAGUAGCGCUAAAACAGUUACAGAUACUUCGAAUACGCUGAUGAAAAUUUUCAAACGGGACGAUAAAGGUGAUUCUAUGACGAAAACUUGUAAGCAUAAGUAUUCGGAGUACCCGUAUUGCUACGAUGAGAUUGAUACAGACACUCAUGAUGAGCAUCACAUGAGAGAUGGAGUUCCUCCAAGUCCAAAGGCAAAUAAUAAACAUAACAACAGCGUUAGUGUGGUUUCAUCUAACGCUUUGAACACUGAGGGGAAAGAUAAUGAACCGACUGCUAAAGACUGGCUGCUAAAAGGGGAGAGUGCUGUUGUGGAAAUGAAUAAUAUUAAACACAAAGAAGAUGGCGCUAAGGAGAUGAAGGAUGGAGACAGCUAUACGGUUAUACUGCGGGAGCACUCACGUGCUCAUCACGGUCAUUCACACGCCCACGGUCACGUUCACGCCCCACCCUCAUCCAUGUCAUCUGUCGCUUGGAUGGUUAUCAUGGGUGAUGGUCUUCACAACUUCACCGACGGAAUGGCCAUCGGAGCAGCUUUCGCAUCGAACAUAGCCGGCGGUUUCUCAACAGCCAUUGCAGUAUUAUGCCAUGAAUUGCCACAUGAAUUAGGUGACUUCGCCGUACUACUGAAAGCCGGCAUGUCGGUUAAGCGCGCCGUGUGCUACAACAUACUGUCAUCCGCGCUGUGUCUGGGGGGCAUGAUCUGUGGUGUGCUGGCGGGACACGCCCCCUCGGCCACCAGGUGGCUGUUCGCAGCCGCGGCAGGAAUGUUCCUCUACAUUGCCCUCGUCGAUAUGAUGCCGGAACUCAGCACAUCUCACAGUAAAGAGGGUACUCUAUGCCAGUGCCUUUUGCAGCUGAUGGGCUUGGCUACUGGCAUCGGUAUAAUGCUGGUGAUUGCACUGUAUGAAGAAGACCUCAAAACAUUGUUCAGUUGAAGUAGAAGUGACAUAAUGUGAAUUAUUAAGUGAAAGUGAAUUUAAAUAUCCGUAUACAUAAUAUAUAAUAUUUAACUCAGUGAAAGUGAACCGAAGUGUUUCUCGAAUAGCCUACUACUAGUAUGAUUCGAUAUAACAAGUAAGUUUAGUUAUAAAAAAAGUUACUUAAUAGAAAUAAGCCUGUAUGAGUUGAAUAUGUUGCGUCUGAUGAUUGAAUUAUGAUGAUGCCGUUAAAAUAUCAGUUUUAAUUUCAAUGUAUUAUAUAAGGCAAUUAUAUAUUGUGAGUACUUAAAGAUCAUCAAUUUCAACCGUACCAGACACCAGACAGAAGUCUUUGACCGCUACAAGUCAAAUGUAGGUAUUAUUAAAUUUGACCCCUAUUCAUACUUUAUAACAAUUGAGUAACAAUUUAGCUAUUACUAUUAGCGUUACUUGCUUUAACUUGUAUAGAAUGUCUUCUGACUGUAUAUUUUUCUACUAUUUUCUACUAUUGGUAGAUAUGUUUUGUCAUUGGAUUGUGUGAAUUUAGAUGAUGAUACAAGCAUUUAUAUUUCAAUUUUGAAUGGCUUACUACCAUAAGAAAAAAAUUGUAUAAGGAUCUAUACCUAGAUGAUGAAGUUGUAGAAUUGAUAUCAGUGUGACUGUAGCAUACCAAAUUUAUUGCCAAGAAAACCUACACAGCGGAAAAUAUCAAAAAUGUUUUCAGUGUAUAACUGAAAUAACAUCAAAUUUGUUCAAUGAAACAGCUAUUUUAGUAUAGAUUAUUGAUAUGAUUGAAUGAAUUGAAUGACAAAGACAUCUGUGAUUUGUCGUAAAAUAUCAUUGAAACAAGCGGCUUUUUUCGAUUCUUUUGUGCUUAUUUAUAAUUAUUUUAGUACUAUUUAUGAUUCGUAUUCAUCAUGAAUUUGUAAUUACUAAUUAUUAUUAAUAGUUUGUUGAAUCAUGACAUAUUUUAUUGAAUAAUCAAGAACAGUAUUAAGUAAUUUUAAUAGUUUUGUUCAUCUAAUUUCAGGAUAGUUUCCUUAAUAUAUUUAGUAGAUGUGCUGUGAUUAACUAUUUAUUCAAAUGGGUAGUUCUAUUUCAGGUUGCCAUCUACAAGUGAAUGAGCAGCUAUUGUUAAACUUUAAUAAUUCAAUUUUAAAUACAAAAGACUUCCGAAUAACUGCCACAGACAAGGUUUGACAAUAUAAUAGUAUAGAAUAGAUAACUAUUCCAGUGACAUUAUUUGUGUAUAAUUAAAUCUUGACUGACAUUAAUUGUACUUGACUGACAUAAUUGAUAAAUCAUUAGUUAAUUUUUAUUAAUUUACUAAAAAAAAUAGUUGAGUUACAAUUAUUUUGUUAAUACUUGCAUAGAAGCACAGUUGCAUCUUUAAAUAGUAUGUGAUGUGAAAGUUCACAUCUAUUUAAUAAUAAAAACGAGCAUGGUGGCAAUGUUGAAAAAAAAACAUGAAUAAUAUAAAUGUCUAAAACAGCAGUCAGCCAUUUUAACUGUAACAAAUGAUGUCACGGCUCAAUAGCCAUCACAGUAUUCUUUGCAGUUUCGGUUGUUAUAUUACGCGUUACCAUUGAAUUCUGAAGUGUUACUUCAUAAUGGACCAUCAUGACACUUUUCAAUCACUACUAUACACAGAUAUAUGGGCCCGAUAUAUUAGUCACAGACUCGGGAACAUUGUAGAACAAAGCAACCUAUAAAUGGCCACUUAAAAAAAAUCAUCGUCAAAAUAUUAUUGUUGAUACAAGCAAUUUAUAAUGGAGAUGCAUAUUAUACAUCUACAGCCUUACAAAUAAACUUGGUAUAAAGUUAUACUUGAGAACAAACCAAAAAUAUGCAAAAAGUUUACAAAUAAGCAUUUUGCUUGUGAUAUUUUGGACCUAUAAGAUUUCCCGCGUUUUUGCAAGGGUGCUUGACACUCGGAAAACUUCAGAAUUAUCAUUAUAUUGACAGUGUUGUCAGCAAUAUAGUCAACAUUUUUCAUAUUCUUGGUUUAUUGUUAUUACUCUAAAGUCUAUACCAAGUUGAUUUGUUAGGCCGAUAAAGUUUUGCUAUUGUACUUAAGCAACCAAGUCUAUCCUACUUGCAUCAUUUAAUUAUUACUAUGAAGUAUCUUGUUAAUGAAAUUUAAUUAAUUAAAAGUACCUACCAGUGAUUGGGCUCAAACUCACUUAUUAAUCAUUAAAUUUAUUUCUGUAUUCAUGCAUUUAAUAAUGAUGAUUUUAGACAAUUGUGAAACAACAAACUAUUUAUUGUGUGCAAAAUGGUGCUUUGUGGUAAGGAAACAGUUCCAAUUACUUAAUUAUAAGUUACUUGAUUAUAAGUUGUUUAAUUAUAAGUUACUUAAUUUUAGUAAGAUAACCAAUGUUUGCUGUUAUUGUAUUCUCACAUUUAUGUUGACGUACGAAUUAUGUGAGACAUAAUAAUAUUAAAUUAAUAUGAUGAAUUUCUUCAAAAAUUAUACAGGCGAGAGAUUUCUGGUAAUUUUUGUUAAUGUCUCUGCGUAAACAUAAAAUGUGCCAAAAUGCAGCAGAAAAAUUCGAAUCGAAAAAUUCUGUAGCUAAGCAUGAUAGAUAUGAACAUACAAAGAUAUUCUUCUACUUUUCUUUUACUAGACUAUUUAAAAUCAUGGCUGUAUGGCGUCACACCCUUGCCUGCUGAGGUUAUUAGCAGGAUAUAAUACAUAUCUAUGCUUAGUACUUAGUGUCAUUAUUGUGUUUUGACAAUUACAGCAACUGUCAAUUUGUUUCCUAAACUUCUCCUAUUAAUUAGUAAAUAAUAAUACGUGAUUAUUGUGUAAUGAGAUAGUUUUAAGGUUUAUCUUUUAGUAUUCAUGAAAUUUUUGGUGUGCUGGGAUGUUUUACUGCUGGUCUUUUGGAUGAUUUUAUGAAGUUAUCUGUGAAAUUAAAAGUAAAAUAUAUUGUA